AUGUCUUUGGCCGGAGCAGGGAACGUGACCAUGCUACUGUGGUACUGGCCCCUCGGCAGGUCAUUCAGCCUGAGGGGCAAUGUGUGCUGGGACCUCUACUACAUCCUUCGCUUCAGACUGGUGAAUCAGUGUUCUUUGUUUCCUUUGGUGGACAUAGUGGGGUUCCACAAUCAUGAGCUGGUGCAAAGCUGCGAAAAGCUGCCCUUUCACCUACCUUGUUCACAGGGACAGAGGUGGGCCUGUAUGUCCCUGGAGGAAACCUUCAUCAGUUUGGCCAUUUUCUUCAACAUGAUGAUAACCUACAGAAGAGAUGCUGAUGUCACUGUUCUCAUUGUCAAGGUGUUACCAAAGGAUGAUGCAGUUGUAGAGGAUGUCCAGAAUAAGAGCUUUCUGGUGUGUUGGGUUGUCAGCAAUUACAAGAGCCAGCAUAUGAAAAGCCAGGCGUACAAGAACCUCAGUGAAACAAUUCCUGUGAAGAUUUACGGCCGUUGGACAAAGAAACCCUUCACCUCCAGAGCCCUUAUACCCACAAUCUCUCGCUGCUACUUCUAUUUAGAGUUUGAGAACUCAGACAACAAAUAUUUUAUCACAGAGAAGCUGUGGAGGAACGCUUACCAAGGUGGGGCAGUGCCUGUUAUCCUGGGACCACUGUUCGAUGAUUACAAAGCUGUGACUCCACCUAAACCUUUCAUUCAUACUGAUGAGUUUGCCUCAGUAAAAGAGUUAGGGAAGUAUCUACAACAGUUAGCAGAGGAUAAGAAACACUACAGACACCUUCAAAUGGUGUCUCUAAUCGUUGAACAGAGGUUUCUACAGCAGCCCCCCUUCAAGUCUGCAUUUCUAUCACACUGCCUGCUCCAUUACAGCAGGACAUCCAAGGCCUCCUCCAUCUGUGUUAUCUGGCACUGA